GGUAGUUUAUCAUCUGUCCUGUUGGGGGCAGUGGUGAGCCGGACAGAGUUGAUGCUGCUGGGGGAGGAAGAAGAAGAAGGGGGGAUGGCAAGCCCGGUGACGUAUUCGACUCUGCGACAGAUACGCCGUGCAUGUAGCACACAGGUGUAGCAUGUAGCAUGUAGCAGCUAGCAGCUCCAAGCGUCUUUUCUUCUUUGCUGUGAGGCUGAAACGCUCAUGACCGGAUCCUCGUGGACUCGCUUCCGGUCGACUGGAGUCUCGUGGCUCUUCAGCUGACGAUGUGACGAGUCGGCCGAGUCUCGGCGGGGUGUUGUGGAGCAGUGCAUGUCCCGGUGUCCUCCUGGAGGAGGAGGAGGAGGAGGAGGCGGCGGGUCUGCUGCUGCUGCUGAGCUCCGGCAUGGAGACCUGGACCCCCAACCCCCGAGCCAAGCCCUUCAUCCCGCGCCAGCAGAGGAGCUUGUACCUCACCUGGAAAUACAAGCUGACCAACAAGAGGACGAUCCGUCGCUUCUGCCAGGCCGGUGCUGUGCUGUUUCUGCUGAUAACUGUCAUUGUCAACAUUAAACUCAUCUUGGACACAAGAAGAGUCGCCAGUGAAGAAGCAGCAGCCCAAGAAUAUGAAGACACUGUACCCAACAUGGAGACGCCGCGCCGGCCGGCCAACGGACGCAAGGUCCUGGACAUCGAGGUUUACUCCAGCCGCUCCAAGGUCUACAUGGCGGUGGAUGGAACCACGGUUUUGGAGGACGAUAUGCGGGAGCAAGGCCGGGGCUUGCAUGUGAUCGUCCUCAACCAGGCGACGGGUCACGUCAUGGCCAAGAGGAUAUUUGACACCUACUCCCCCCACGAGGAUGAAGCCAUGAUCCUCUUCCUCAACAUGGUGACCCGGGGCCGAGUCCUCAUCUUCACCAUAAAGGACGAGGGAACGUUCCACCUCAAAGACGCAGCGAAGAACCUGCUGAAGAGCCUUGGCAGCCAGGCGGCGCUCAGCCUCAGCUGGAGGGACAUGUGGACACUGGUGGUGAAGAAAGGAGGUCAGGUUUACGGGGAGAAGCACUCUAAGUCUCCGGCUCUGUCCACCUGGGGAGACCCAGUGCUGCUGAAGACCGAGGUGCAGCUCACUGCCUCUGAAGAGGCAGAGUGCCACUGGGCCGACACCGAACUGAACCGGAGGAGGAAGCUGUUCUGCAGCAAAGUGGAAGGAUACGGCAGCAUCUGCAGCUGCAAGGACCCGGCGCCCAUCGAGUUCAACCCUGACCCGUUUCCCAACAACAACGUCCUCAAUGUCCCGGUGGCUGUGAUCGCAGGGAACAGGCCCAACUAUCUCUACCGAAUGCUGAGGUCACUUCUCUCGGCUCAUGGCGUCAACCCGCAGAUGAUCACCGUCUUCAUCGAUGGAUACUACGAGGAGCCCAUGGAUGUCGUCGAGCUGUUCGGACUGAAAGGAGUUCAACACACACCCAUCAGCAUCAAGAACGCUCGAGUGUCCCAGCACUACAAAGCCAGUCUGACUGCAACCUUCAACCUUCACCCAGAUGCCAGUUUUGCCAUCGUCAUAGAAGAAGACCUGGAUCUCUCCAUCGACUUCUUCAGUUUUCUGAGUCAGACCAUCCACCUGCUGGACGAGGACGACAGCCUCUACUGUAUCUCAGCCUGGAACGACCAGGGCUAUGAACACACAGCGGAGGACCCGGCCCUGCUCUACAGAGUGGAGAGUAUGCCCGGCCUCGGCUGGGUGCUGAAGAAGAGCCUCUACAAGGAUGAACUGGAGCCAAAAUGGCCGACACCAGAGAAGCUGUGGGACUGGGACAUGUGGAUGCGAAUGCCAGAGCAGAGGAAAGGCCGCGAAUGCGUCAUCCCCGACGUGUCCCGCUCAUACCACUUCGGCAUCAUUGGCCUCAACAUGAACGGAUAUUUCCACGAAGUUUAUUUCAAGAAACACAAGUUCAACACUGUUCCAAAUGUGCAGCUGAAGAACGUCGACAGCUUGAAACAAGAUGCGUAUGAGGUGGAAAUCCAAAAUUUGUUGAAGGAAGCGGAGGUGCUGGACCACACCAAGAACCCCUGCGAGGACUCGUUCCUGCCGGACUCCGAGGGGAAGGUCUACGUCAUGUUCAUCAAGAUGGAAUCGGAGACGGACACGUCGACGUGGACCGAGCUCGCCAAGUGCCUGCACGUUUGGGACCUGGAUGUACGAGGAUACCACAGAGGCCUGUGGCGGCUCUACAGAAAAAGGAAUCAUGUCCUGGUGGUGGCCGUGCCGGUCUCUCCUUACUCUGUGAAGAAACCAGCCGCUGUCACUCCCAUACACUUAGAGCCUCCACCCAAAGAAGAUGGAGCGCCGGUGGACCAGCUGUAGACCUGAUGUUCCACUGACACACAAACACUCCAACACACACGUGAACCAGCCCGGGCCUUAACACGUCUGCUCCACCAAACUACUAAUAAUCCAGCCUGGGACCCGCAACUACAAAAACUGAUGUUGAACAUUAUGUACAAGACGACACCUGGGAAAUGGAGUCCUAUUUUUUUGUGUUUAUUCAAAUAAAAGAGGGAUGAACACUACAAACUUCACGACACAAGGAGGGAAACGGUGACGCGAACAGGUUUUGGUUAAAAGUGACUUUACAACCAAAACCUUAUAUGAUUGUAUUUUUUCUGUUUCCGUGACGACUGUCGGUUGAACUGCUUUUUUUGAUAUUAAUACAAGCUGCAACUUUUUUCAACAAGAACGGUACAAAUGACACAAACGCACACGAGAAUCCAGCCAGUUUCUCUUUUUCAGUUUGUCUUUUUUUUAACUACUGAGUGCUUUGUCCGUCUUGUACAUAUGUUUUAACUUAUCUCUAUUUAUUUGACAUCUUUCAAAUCAGAAUGACUUCAAAGUUUUUGCUCUCUUUUUUAAUAAUUUUUUUUUUUUAGAAAAGAUGAAAAUCCACUUAUCAAGAUCAGUGCGUUUUUUUUAAGAGCCUAACGUUUACAGAUAAUGAAAUGAUAAUGUAUAUACACGCCUAUAUAUAUUUUUUGAUGAAAAUAAUUCAAAGGGUCGGCAUAUUUUUCAGCAUUAGAUAUUUAGUUUGAGUGACAGAGUUGAUAACAGCCCUGAGGGAUGUUUUAUUGCUAUUUGAAUGAAUAAGUUUCGUGACGACGUUAGCCUGGUGGUUAUAUACUCGUAGAGAAGGAGAACAGAAAGUCCGUCUGGGUGUUUGCUGCCUUCAGACAACUGUCAGUUUCCUCCUCACAGAAGAAACUGACCUCAUUCAAAGGGUCCUCCUGUAUUUUCUAACUGACCACAAAAUGGCUGCAGCGUUAACUCAGCCUUGUGAGGGAACGUUUUUCGUUUUGUUAUUUGCCUCAUUCCUUUGUGAACGCCUUCAUCUUGGAUGGAAAUAUUUUCUAAAGCAUCACCGGCCAGUAUUUAACAAUCCAACCAAUAUUCUAAGACGUGACCAUUAUACAUUUCAAAUCUUUAUCCAUAAGCAGAAGACUGAUCAUAGACGAUGCUAUUUUUUUAAUUCAGGUCCAUAAUUUCAGGAUCAGACCUUUUAAAACGUUUUAUAAAAAUCAACGAGCAGUUUUCCUCGUUUUUAAGAUUCAACAUUUUUCAAAAAAGUGUCCAGAGACAAAAAGUCAGUCAUUUUAUUAUAUGUGGGAUGAAAAUAUCUCGGAAUUAAUUCAUUAAAAUGUAAUGUACUUGUAAGCAAAAGGCAGAUAUAACAUCUGGCGGAGCAUCUGUAACUGGUGCUUGAAAAACAGUGUAAUGAAGCUGUAAAUUAAUUUAUGAUGACAUAUGAUUAAUGAACACAUCUCAACAGUAUUAUAAUUAUGGAUAAUUUACCUGCCAAUUAAUGGGAAAUUUGAUUUUGACAAAUCCACUAAACACAUAACAACAGCGUCUGACAUUGGUUUUGCUUGAGUGUGGCUAACGUUAGCAUUGCUAACACCCGCAAAGCAAAGUCCACAUGCCGAUAUGAUGAUGAUUAAUGUGGUUAAAUGAUAGUUUAUUCUGAAACAGCUCCUUAAGUACCGACGACACUGCACCGACUAAAUGAAUGUGAACGUGAAUUAUUGUUUUUAAAAAUUGAUCUCCAUCAGUAUUUGCCGUCGUUUGAUUUUAAUGUAUUUGUGUGAUCAGGCAAACACAUAUAUACUAUCUUCACUCUUUCAGCAGUAUUACAGCCGGUGUCGUGACUUGUUCAACAAUUAUUUCUGUCCUUCAAAUUUCAGUCAGGUUUUAAGACGCAGGAGAAUUUGAAUCGAGCAACAUUUUUUUAAUUUAAAUCUGAAGUGGUACCUCUCCUCUAUGUUGAAUCAAGAGGGUGGAAGUAAAUCAAUGUCUCCUCAGCAAUACAGUUCAUUUUGUUUCAUUCAAAAUUUGGAAAAUAUUGUAAGGAACCCUUGUGUGAGUGACGAUGAGCAACUGUAAGUUUAAAGGUGGAGUUUGACAUGAUUGAGUUCUUUUAACUUUUAUCAUGGAAAUGAAUAAAGGUGUUUGUUUGUUUUUUAAA